AUGUCAAUAUUGGUAAAUCGUGAACUUGUUAGAAAUGGCUUAAAAGAGAUCCAGGAUAUUCAAUUCGUUAUGGUAGUCGGCAAUGAUACAUAUACUCGUUUUCAUUAUUCAUGUAAUGCCAAGAAAGAAUAUCAUGAUCAAGCCAUAGCGGCAUUACGUAUGGUUUGCAGAGAUAAAGAAUUACGUGAUACAAUUGAUGAAUAUCAACGUAAAUCAUGUGGUGACGAUUCGAAUUCUUCCAAUAUUUCUGGUGAAAAGACUAAACAACCACCCCGAGAAUCCGAAUCAGAGUCAUCCGAUCUUUCAGCUUCUGCUUCAUCGAAAGAAGGUAAACCUAAACAAACAGAAACCACGCCAGUCACCAAACGUCGAACUGGUCAUAUUGCUCGUAUAUUAUCAACUACAGCUGAUAUUGCAUUCAAACAUGGUGCUCGUUAUGAUUCACCCUGUGCUCGAUGUGCCUUACGUAGAAUCAGCUCAACAUUAUUAUUAGAUGGCAUAACAUUGGAACAUAUUUCCAGUCGACUUUGUGGAAGAUUUCCACAAAACUUUAAAUAUGUCUUAUUAGCUGAAGUUCGUAAAUAUCAACGGGUUGGCCUUAAAUCGAUUGAAAUUACAAGUAUUUCAGUUGAUAAACAAAAAAAUUUGAUUAUUGAAUUUGAUGUUAUUGUUGAUCCACAAUACAAUGAAUUGAUCCGCAGCGCAUUACGACGUGCUGUUGUCACACUUGAUCUUAAACGCAUCUUCAAAUAUCAACAACGCUAUUAG